AUGGGCCCGCGUGGCGUGGAGCAGAUCCUGUCCCCGGCUGCGCCGCGCUGGGCCGCUGCUGCUCCGGCCGUGACCCGUUGUGUGUCGCCCGCCUGCCCCCGCGCUGCUUCUGCGACCAAGAGGGCGGCGCGGCGCGGGACUGCUGCCCAGACUGCCCGCGUCUGCCCAGGUGCGCCUGGGAAAGGGCAAGGCACUAGAGGAGCGCUCCGAGCAGAGGGGAGCUGGGGAAGGGGAUGCGCGGAGGAAGGGAGCCCAGCACCUAGGGGGGCUCUGGGCUUGGAGGCGGCACACGAGCAUGGGCGGGACGCUUGGGGACUGGAAGGGUGCGCCGCGGGGCAGACCGAACGUGCAGGGGGUCGCGCGGGCAAGAAGGGACUCAGACGCUCAGGACCCAAAGGGGAAGCACAGGCUGUGGCGUUGCGAGAGGAGGAAGACGCGCAGGGUAUGAACCUGGGCACGCUCAUCUCGGGGGACCUGAAGGAGAGGGACUCGUGGAGAGUUGAGGGGUGUUUUGGAGGCGAAACGCAAGGACCGCGCACAGGACUUGAAGGACUACAGGAAGGUGGGGGACUCGGCCCAGCGGUCUCCUGCGCUGUGUCAGAGUGGAGUGGCUGGAGUCGCUGUGUGAAGCCCUGCCAGGCCUCCUACCAUGUAUGCCGGAGGCGUGUCCUGCAGGAGCUGAGGAAUGGGGGUGUCCCCUGCCCCCCGCUGGAAGAGCAGGUGGGCUGUGUGGAGUACUGGAGCCACCAGGGAGUGGAGUGCCAGCAGUCCUUGAUCCCUACUUUGAUAACCAGAGGCAGCUAUGGGAAAGAGCAGGAAAAGCAAGAUAUUCCCAAGAAACAGGCAACAGCAGAUAAGUGAAAAUCAAUGAACUUGAAGUCAAACUAAAAUUUAUGAACAUAUUUCCUUGAACUAAAUUUAUUCUUUUUCUUUUUUUUUU